AUGCAGGCAGACUAUGGCUCUGCCUCCAUGACCAGGAAAAACUCGGACCCGGAGAGCGGCCGCAUCCACGGUAACUCUGCGCUUCUUACCGCUGGCCUUUUAAUCGCGGAUGUAGUUGGUGCUGGCGUUCUCGCCAUGGGCCAAGCUGUCGCCAAGCUUGGCUGGCUCCUUGGCACCAUUUGCAUCCUCGCUAUGCUGGCCAUGAAUGCCCACAUCAUGAUCUUGGUUUGGAGAGUUCACAGCCGCUUUCCCGAUGCCACCACCUUCAGGGAACUGGUGCGGCAAACCUUCGCACGGGCUUUACCUGAGCGACUGGAAUUGGCCCAAGAAAUUGUGGUGAUCGGUCAAUACACCUACGUCUUCUGCACCCUGGGCUUGUACACGCUCAGCAUUGGCCAGGGCUUGGGAAUGUUUUUCUAUGAUUACUCUGUAUGCUUGCCGCUCAUGACCAUGUUUGGUUGCCUGAUGCUCUUGCCCUUGAAUUUGUCAGCUCGAUUUCUGGGAUCCUUCGCUGGAUCUGUUGCUUUCAACUGUGCGUGCACCGCCGGCACAGUUUUGAUUCCUAUCGCUUGGUUGGCUGCGCAUGGCACGGCCGAGACGCGCCCUGCGGGCAGCGAGUAUAGGGCUGUGGCGAGCCAUUUGAGUUUCGAUUCCCUAGUCACUUCAGCGUGUACGUUCGCCUUCGCUUUCUCUGGGCAGUUCAUUCUGGUUGAAAUCAUGACAGAGAUGGAAGACAUGAAUGAGUUUCCGAAGGCCUACUUCGCUUAUUCACUGCCCUUCCAAGCUGCAGCUUUCAUUGGCGUUGGGCUGUCCGUCUAUUACUUCCGAGGCGAUGCUGCUUCAGGGAUGAUCGUUGACGAGAUCCCCUUUGGCAAUUCCGAACGAUAUGCUGCCAUAUGCCUCGUAGGGCACAUGCUGAUCACUUAUGUCAUCAAAAGCGUGGUGCUCUGCAGGGGUCUCCUCAAAGAGUUCCAUCGUCGUGAUAUGAUCACAUCCGGCAACACCUGGUCGGCAUGGCACUACAUGGUCUUGGCCGUCCUUGCCUCGUCGUGGCUCCUGGCCCAGAUCGUCCCGUUCUUUUCAGACCUCGUGAACGUACUUGGUAGCACCUUCACUCCAACCAUCGCUUUCAUGACGCCGAUGUUUCUCUACUUACUCCUGGCGCGAGUCCAGGACUUCACUCCAAGCCGGCUGGAAAUGGUCGCCAUUGCGGUUGAAGUUGCCGUUUCCGUCGUCAUGCUUCUGUAUGGCACAGUGUCGAAUGGCAUUCAUAUCUAUGAAAAGUGGAACAGCUACGGCUACCCUUUUGAAUGCCAUUGCCAGAAUCUCUGGCGGACUUGUGAGUGCUCUCCCAGCAGAAUGCAAUGCCCGGCAUGA